AUGGAUCUUUUACUGCAAUUUUUUGGCAAUGAUUGUGACAAAAAUGCGAUUAUUUUGCCGUUUCUCGAGCGGUGUGUUGAGGUGAAGCUUGAAAGGAAGAAGGUGGCAGAACUGGCGGUGGACCGUAUUGCUCAACUGGUGGAGGCGAUUGGUGGAUUAAAGUUUUGCGACUCUCUACCCGAUCAUUUGAUUGAUCUUUUACUCGGUGAGCUUCAAAGUGACACCACUGUGUUCAUAUCUUUGGGGCGUGUGGUGUGGUACGCGUCAAUUGCAACACGGCAGUUGAUUGAAACUAGACUUAUUCACCAUGCAGGCGCGCGCACAUUUUAA